AAUAUCCUAUGCCACCACUUUUUUUUUGCUUCUUUUUUUCCAUUAAUACCAUUGAAUUAAGUUUCAUUUUUCACUCCCUCAUAUAUAUCUCAUGUUGAAGCUCCACCCUAGACCAAAUUAAAACUCGAUAAGGAAGGAGAGGUUGUUCUAAUUCCAGAAUCAUAACGAUCAUAUUUUUCUCUACUUAAUUAAUAUUUUCAUGGCUAAACGUCCCCUCAUGCAUAUGACUCCAACACAAAGCCCAAUCAUGAGCCUAGAUCCUUUUAAAACCCCUUUUCUUGAUCAUGAUCAAGUCUAUAAUAACAAUGGAAGUACACUAAACUUGAACAUGACAUUGAUCAUUGCUGCCCUAAUAUGUGCUUUAGUUUGUGCUCUUGGCUUAAACUCCAUGUUACAUUGUGUGUUUCAAUGCACUCAAAGGACUAUCUCUGAGCCAGUUGAAUGGGUAGCUUCAAAGAGAGUCAACUCUGGACUUAAGAAGAAAGAUAUGAUUGCUUUGCCAACAUCUACUUAUAAUAAUAAUGCAAUUUCAAGCACAACAUCUUCAUCAUCAUCGUCAUCGUCGUCAUCGUGUGCUAUUUGCUUGUUGGAUUUCAUGGAUGGAGAAAGAAUUAGGGUUCUUCCUCAAUGUACACAUUCUUUCCAUGUGGUUUGUGUUGAUGAAUGGCUACUCUCACAUUCUUCUUGCCCUACUUGUAGGCUUCUUCUCAAGUCUAGUAAUUGUUUGGGAAUUUUCACAUCUCUAGUUUAAAAUAAAAAUGUCUUAUGAUAACUAUUAGAGUUGUUUUUUUUUUUAAAAAAAAAACAUUUUCAUCUAAGAGAUGAAGUGUUGAUGUUUGAUUUUGCUUUUAUGAUAAUUGUGUGCUAGCUAGACACUAUGUCAUUGUAACAAAAAGUUGUUACAAUUAGUUCUUGGUAAAUUCUACCAUAGUAGGAGAGAACUUCGAAUAUAUUCAUGUUAUAUGUUGA